CCAAGGUUAACGUUAGCUGUCAGACCGUUAUGUAAGGUCUUCAGUUCUUAUGGAUUUAAUAUGAUAGCAAGGAGGUAGUGGGUUAGGUCAGGUCUGUCCCAGGUUAAUGUUAGCUGUCAGACCGUUAUGUACAGUCUUAAGUUCUUAUGGAUUUAAUAUGAUAGCAAGGAGGUAGUGGGUUAGGUCAGGUCUGUCCUAGGUUAAUGUUAGCUGCCUCCUGAAAGCUGUCUCCUUCCAAGACCUCAGUGAUGUCGUUGCCCUGGAAAACACCAAGAAACUACAAGGGAUUUAUAAGCAUGUGGAUGAUGUGGAUCUCUUCACCGGUGGACUCGCGGAAAAGCCAAACUGUGGAGCGCUGGUCGGGCCCACGUUUGGCUGUUUGAUUGGUCGCCAGUUCCACCACCUGAGGCGAGGCGAUCGUUACUGGUAUGAGGACGACAUCCCGCCCUCCUCAUUCACUAAGGGAAUGCCCCAAUGGCCUGCCAGGGGAAGCAUAUCAAGGGUGUGGACCUGAAGAAGUGGAAGACCGCCAGCCCCAACUUCAUCAUUCCCGACAAGAUGCUUCAGGAGAGCAUUGAGAGGGCCAGGCGCGACAUCACCAACAUGAGGGACUCCGAGUGGAACCUCUGGGAAGCACCACACACACCAACUGACCCAGGACCCAGAACGAAGCAACAGACUAACUCCCGACCCAGACUGACCCCAAGCGGACACCCCAGGACGCAACGCCCGACCUGGGGGAGCCAACGCGUGACCCCUGACCUCAUGCAAGCGCUGGUGGGCAGGGGGUCGGAAGUGCAGGGGAGUGAGGACUUGAAGUUGAGUCCGAGGGUUAUGCGGGAGGCCGAGGAGCUUCUGACGGAUUGCUUUAGCGCGGGUGUCAAGGCUUGGGGGAUUAUGAGGCAACACGAACGGCAGCUGUGGCAGAAACGUCAGGCAGCAUAAGGGCACGAAAAACACGCGCAGCUGACCGCCAGCUGAAGGACUACUGAAUCCGGGUCACCAAGCAACGUCCUCGACCUGAUGGAAGUGUUGGCAAACAUUGACGUGAGCGACAUCAUGGAAAUCCCCAGUGUGUUUGAGUGUGACGACCAGACCUGCCUUGCGACCAUACACCACGAUUCCGUACGGCGACAGGAUGGUGCAAUAACCUGAAUUUCCCGUCCUUCGGCAAGUCAUUCCGGGCCAAGAGUCGUCUGUUGAGGCCCUCCUAUGAAGGUGGGCUAUCAAAACCCUGAGCUACGUCAAUCACAGGUCAGCCGCUUCCCUCCCCUCGGCUAAUCUCUACGAACAUGCACAACGAUGUCUCGGCUCCUCAUGUUCGCUACACCCUCAUGGUCAUGCAAUGGGGGCAGCUUAUCGACCAUGACAUCAUCUUCACGCCCAUCAAC